AUUUCGUCUCUCUCAAAGACUCUUUCUUUUGCCUAACCCUCCUCCUCCUUCUUUAACCCCACCCCCACCUACACCCCCUACCCCCCCCACUGCUACCCUUUGUUCACUUCUUUCAAUAUCUAUACUGUAUCUAUAUGCUUACCUAUACAUAUAUGUAGAUUUGUCCCAUUUUCUGUUCUGUUUUUGCUGAUAAAGACUUGAACUUGUUCUUCAAGGUUCACUUUUUUUUUCACUUUUCAAGAUUCUGGAGCUGUUGGGUUGCUAUUUUGCUACAAACCCUUGUUGGGUUUUCAGUUCUUGAGGGCGUGGUCUACAAUUAAUUUGCUCACACCUCAGCCAUAACACUUGCUAUCUUUCACUAGUGUUCGAUGAGAACUUUUUCUGUUUCAUAUUCGCCUGCAACAGGCAAUUAAAUUAUGGCGGUGUUUCUGCUGAAGAAAAGGAGUGUUCUCCUUGACGGGGGAACAUGUGGAGUAAAGAUGAGACAGCUACCAUUUAUGUGGAUCAUCUGUAUAGUUAUGUUGUUUAUUGUAUAUAGGACCACCAAUUAUCAGUAUCAACAGACAGAGAUGGAGUCAAGGUUGGAUCCGUUUUAUUCUUCAAAGGACUCUAGUAUGGAUAUGAGAAGCUUGCACAGUUUACCGCGUGGUAUUAUCCAAGCAAGAUCAGAUCUGGAGUUAAAGCCUCUGUGGUCAACAACUAGUUCAAAGUCAAAGGCAAAGGCUAGCAAUUCUAGCUCUCAUAAUUUAUUGGCAGUUCCAGUUGGCAUCAAACAGAAGAGCAAUGUUGAUGCUCUCGUCCAAAAGUUUCUUUCAGCAAAUUUUACUGUCAUUCUAUUCCACUAUGAUGGUAAUGUUGAUGGGUGGGAAGACCUCCAAUGGAGUAAAGAUGCCAUUCACAUUGUUGCUCACAAUCAGACAAAAUGGUGGUUUGCGAAGAGAUUUUUACAUCCUGCAGUUGUUUCAAUUUAUGAUUACAUUUUCCUUUGGGAUGAAGAUUUGGGUGUGGAGAAUUUCCAUCCUGGAAGGUACCUUGAAAUAGUAAAAUCUGAAGGACUGGAAAUUUCUCAGCCAGCUUUAGACCCGAAUUCAACUGGUAUCCAUCAUAGAAUCACAAUAAGAAGCAGAACAAAUAGGUUCCACAGAAGGGUCUACGAUAUUAGAGGUAGUACGAAGUGUUCAGACGAAAGCGAAGGUCCCCCAUGCACCGGAUUUGUGGAGGGAAUGGCUCCGGUCUUUUCCAGAUCUGCAUGGCUUUGUGCCUGGCAUCUUAUACAGAAUGAUCUUGUUCAUGGAUGGGGAAUGGACAUGAAACUUGGUUAUUGUGCACAGGGAGAUCGAUCCAAAAAGGUGGGAGUAGUUGAUAGUGAAUAUGUAGUGCACCAGAGCAUCCAAACUUUGGGCGGACAAUCACUGAAAAAGGAUUCAAAUUCUGAAGAGUCUGUGAAGAGGCACGUUGUUGAUGUGCGAUCUGAGAUUCGGAGACAAUCAACUUAUGAGCUGCAAAUAUUCAAGGAUCGAUGGGAACGAGCUGUGAAGCAGGACAAGAACUGGGCAGAUCCGUUUAAAGCUAGCCAGAGACGUAGACAGCUGUAUAAACAAAGGCGAAAAUCAAAGGUGAAGAAGCUGAGAUAAGCAAUGGGAUAGAUAAAACAAAAGGUUCAUAGGUUGAGCCUUGUAAUUUGUUCUUUCUUUUUAGGCCCCAUGAAUCUCAUCAUUAGUUCAUUACAUAUAUAGGUUUAGUUUCUCCUAAUUUUUCUUCUUUUUAACUUUAUUUUUUUUCACUUCUCAUUUAUGUACAUCAAUUUUUUUUUUUGUAACUAGCCUUCGGUUACCACACUGUUUCUUUUGAUUUUAAGUUCCAGUUUCUUCAAUACAUUGGAAAAAGACCAAAACAUGAAAUUUAUUGUUGAGAAAUGUCUCUAUAUAUUGAAGGAUUGAAGAUUGGAAUCUAAAUACCCAGUUGAAUUGAA